AACCUAUAACCUCACUUUUUUGUGUUUAUUUUGGCAUGCGAUACAUUCGAAACUUUUAAAAUCCUCAUUUUACUAUCGUUCAACGAUAAAAUGCUCCUAAUUUAAACAUACAGUUAACGUACAAGACACUUUACUGAAAUGUCAUCAGGCAGCAAAGCGUUUCUGCCCUGCAGGAGCCUUGGAUAUGUGAGCAACCACAUACCUUUAAGGGUUCGCUACAUUAAAAGCAGAAAAGAGAACCUUAUCGUCACCUGUGUAGGUAAAUCCUUUCAUACUUAUGGAAUUUCACAUUUUGGACUAUUGAGCGUGAGUGGUUUACAUCCUGAAGAAAUUACAUGUAUGACAACAGAUGCCUAUCAUGUAUAUACCGCUUGCAGUAAUGUUAUUUACGCUUGGAGAAGAGGUACAGAGCUAAAACAUACUUAUAAGGGUCAUGGUCAUCCAAUCCACCUAAUGAUCCCCUUUGGAGUCCAUCUGAUUUCAGUAGAUGACAACUGCAAAGUCAAAAUUUGGGAUAUUAAAUCAGAAACUGUUUACCUCGAGCUCACUUUCGACAAAAAGUUUUUUAAUAUCUCAGCCCUAAUGCAUCCCAGCACCUAUGUGAACAAAGUACUGUUUGGAAGUGAUAAGGGACAAAUGCAACUCUGGAAUCUGAAUAAGGCUAAAAUGGUGUACAGCUUUAAGGGCUGGGAUGCUGGUAUAAGCUGUAUCGAACAGGCUCCAGCUCUAGAUGUGGUUGCUGUGGGCUUGGUAAAUGGCAGAAUAGUCUUGCAUAACCUUAAGUUUGAUGAAACCAUCAUGGAGUUUAUGCAGGAUUGGGGUUUGGUUACUAGUAUAUCAUUCAGGUCUGAUGAUCACCCUAUUAUGGCAACCGGUAGUGCUUGUGGCCACAUUGUCUUUUGGGAUUUGGAAGAAAGGAGGGUAAGCAGUCAGCUGGCAUCUGCCCAUGAUGGGGCUGUGACGGGUAUGGUUUGCCUCCUAAACGAGCCCUUAAUUUUGACCUCCUCACCUGACAAUACUUUGAAAUUGUGGAUAUUUGACAUGCCCGAUGGAGGAGCAAGGUUACUGAGAAUAAGAGAGGGUCAUUCUGCUACACCCAAUCAUAUCAGAUUCCAUGGGGCAAAUGGCCACAACAUUCUCAGUGCAGCAAGUGACUCUACCUUAAGAAUAUUCAAUACACAGACAGAGCAGUUUAAUAAGAGCUUAGGAAAGGCGUCCUAUAAUAGGAAAAUUAGUAAGAAAAGAGGGAGGGCAGUGGAGGACCCUUUGAAGAUGCCACCCAUUUUAAAGUUUACCUCAGAAACAACUAGGGAUAAGGAGUGGGAUAGUAUAGCUGCCAUUCAUUCAGAACUUUCUUUGGUAACAACUUGGUCUUAUGACAAAAAGAAAAUGGGAGAACUGAGGCUGCUCCCUGAGAGGUUUCAAAAGAAAAAUAUUAAAAAUGGCCUGGAAGUGGAAGCUACUUGUUUGUGUCUCACAAACUGUGGUAAUUUUGUUGUAGUAGGAUAUAGUACAGGACAUUUGGAUAGGUUUAAUAUACAAUCAGGCCAUUGGAGAGACAGUUAUGGAGACCCGAAAGCUCAUGAUAGUUCUCUAAGAGGGGUUGCUACUGAUGCCCUUAAUCAAGUGGUAAUCAGUGGGGCAAAUGAUGGACUAGUGAAAUUUUGGAGAUUUAAAAGCAAAGGUUCCUCUUGUCUUACCACACUUAACCUAGAAGAACCAAUAAGUUUUUUUAGGUCCCACAGAGAAAGUUCUAUGUUAGCAGUUGCCCUAGACGAUUUUACUGUGGCCAUAGUGGAUAUCGACACGAGGAGGAUGGUGAGGAAGUUCAUCGGGCAUACGGCGCAAUUGACUGAUGCCACCUUUAGUCCCGAUUCCAGGUGGUUAGUUACUGCCUCAAUGGAUUGUAGUAUUAGGACCUGGAACAUUCCAACAGGUCAAUUAAUUGAUCAAUUUGCCACUGAAGCCGCCCCUGUAUCCAUUGACAUGUCACCUACUGGGGAGGCAUUGGCUUCUGCCCAUGUGGAUUAUUUAGGAAUAUUCUUGUGGACAAACAGAACUCUAUAUCAGAAAGUAACCCUUAAAGCAAUAUCUCCAGAGGAAGAGCCUCCCCUAGUGGAACUACCGGAGGUCCUUCAAGAGCCCACAAAAGAGGAACCGCCAGAACCCACCCAAGAAGAACCAGAAUUUAUCUCCCCAGAACAAAUCAGCAAAGAUCUGGCUACAUUGUCUGGUUUAUCCACAUCCAGAUGGCAAAACUUACUUAACAUUGACAUCAUUAAGCAAAGAAAUAAACCUAAGGCACCACCAAAGGCUCCUAAGGCUGCGCCUUUCUUUUUACCGACGGUGUCUACUUUAAACAACUUCGAGUUUGACCUUAAGGACGCUUUACCGACCGAGGAGGGACACAGCAAACUACUAAUCCCGGAAAACUUCACCAAUUACACAGAAUUUGGAAAAUUAUUGGAUAAGACCCGAGAGAGUGGCGAUUUCAGUGAAUGUCUGGAAAAAUUGAAGAGCCUCGGCCCUUCCAUGAUAGAUUUCGAAAUAAAAUCGCUUGCGCCAGAAGCGGGCGGUUCUGUAACACUAAUUUUGCAGUUCUUGCGAAUGAUCGAGACAAUCUUAAAGUCUAACAAAGACUUUGAACUGGCCGAGGCUUAUUUGAGUGUCUUUUUAAGGUCGCACGGUCAGUUUGCCGCGGAAACUGAAGUUUUACGGAAUUUUCUGCCUAACUUAAGCAGUUGUCACUUGGAACUGUGGCACAGGCUACAAGAGAAACUCAUGUAUAGUAUUUGUGUGGUGCAGAACUUGAAGACUAUGUGAGUGGUAUUUUUGAUUAUAUUUUUUUUAUGUUGGAAA